AUGCCCAACUUCAACCGUCUCGUUCGUUUUAAAGAUACGGAUGGGAAUAUCAGAUAUGGCGAAGCCCCUUCUUCAGGAUCAUUGAUCGGAUUUGAGGUAGACGUCUACCGUGGAACUGAACCCUGGAAUCUAAGUCUAACAAAGGAGAGAGCCGUAAUUUCCGAGCGCAUGUACGCCUUGAGCUCAUAUCAAACGAAAUUUCAGGUUCUUGCUCCGUUGGCUUACACCCCAAUUAUCUAUGGAAUUGGUUUAAAUUAUAAGACGCACAUAGCUGAGGCAGGGUGGCCAACACCUCCAUACCCCACCGUUUUCACGAAGCCAUCUGGAGCUCUCAAUGGCCCAUUCUCGACAGUUUCCAUUAACCCCCAAUGUACUUUGAUGGACUAUGAAGGGGAGUUGGCUGUUGUUAUUGGACAAGACUGUAAGGACGUCAGUGACCCUGAAAACGCUCUCCAGUUCGUAUUGGGGUAUACUGCGGCAAAUGAUGUGAGUAGUCGAUACUGGCAGGCACCAGAGAUCAGCGGACAGCAGCAUGGAUAUGCGAAGAGCUUUGAUGGGUUCGCUCCUAUUGGUCCUGUGCUCGUUUCUAAGACAGCCGCUGGGCCUGUUGGUGACAUGGUCCUCGUGACACGAGUCAAUGAUGAGGAACGGCAACGAGCCAAGCUGGAUGAUCUUCAGUUUGGCGUUGGUGAUUUGAUUGUUCACUUGAGCCGUGGUACAACCUUAAAGGCAGGUACUGUCAUCUUGACUGGGACCCCUGGCGGAGUUGCAGCCUUUAUGAAGCCACCUGCAUGGCUCAAGACAGGUGAUACAGUGGAGGUGGAGAUCUCAGGCAUCGGAAGCAUUUUAAACGAGUACGUAUAUCAAUGA